AUGCAGAAGAUAUUAGAACGUCAACACGCAAGUCGUGUCCCAGACAACGAACUGACGCCAACGCCUGGUAAAGUGUGGUACCUCCCACAUUUUGACGUGUACCAUCCCAAGAAACCCGAUCAAGUACGUGUAGUCUUCGAUUGUAGCGCCCUUUACAACAGCCAGUCCUUAAACAAGAACCUUUUACAAGGACCAGACCAGCUGAACCCUCUCAUCGGGGUAUUAACCAGAUUCCGCAAGGAAGAUGUAGCGCUCACGUGUGAUAUAGAACAACUGUUCCAUAGCUUUCACGUUACACCAAGCCACAGAGACUUCCUCCGCUUCUUGUGGUUCGAGAAUAACGACUUGGAUGGUGCCAUCUCAGAAUUUCGUAUGAAUGUACAUCUGUUUGGGGCAGUGUCAUCUCCUUCCGUAGCCAACUAUAGUCUUCACAAGACAGCAGAAAAUGGACGUGCCGAGUUCGGUGACAAGGCAGCUGAUUUUCUGUGCAGAAACUUUUAUGUAGACGACGGUCUUACUUCGGUCCCCGCUAUUUCAGAAGCCAUAGAAUUGAUUGAGGACAGUCAGGCUCUCUGUGCGUCAGCGAAGUUACGGCUUCACAAGUUCGCCAGCAACCGAAAGGAUGUCUUAGAGGCCCUUCCAAAAGACGAUCGUGCAAAAGACCUCAACGAUCUUGACUUUCGCCACGAUGCUCUACCAGUCCAGCGAUCUCUAGGCACUUAUUGGUACAUUGAAUCGGAUACUUUAGGUUUCCGCAUAGAACUGAAGGAUAAACCACUUUCACGUCGGGGUAUCCUUUCUACGAUAAGCUCAGUAUACGACCCUUUGGGGAUAGUUUCACCAGUAAUCCUGACUGGUAAGCAGAUUUUACAAGACCUUUGUCGCCAAAAGGUGGAGUGGGACGCCCCGCUUCCUGAUGAAAUUAUCGCUCUUUGGGAGAGGUGGCGCACCGAACUACCGCUGUUAGAGAAAGUCAAACUCAACCGCUGUGUUAAACCGCCUGGCUUCGGAAGUCCAGUCCAAGCUGAAGUACACAGUUUUUCGGAUGCAAGCGAAUCAGGAAUUGGUCAAGUCUCAUAUCUUCGAACAGUCAACUCUAAAGGAGAAGUUCAUGUGAGUUUCCUCAUAGCCAAGUCACGAGUAGCUCCUAUCAAGCCGAUAUCUAUUCCCCGUAUGGAACUGACAGCGGCCGUCGUAUCAGUCAAUGUAACGAAGAUGUUGCAGAGUGAACUCGAUUACGGGAAUUUACGAUCUGUUUAUUACACAGACUCUGAGGUAGUCAUCGGCUACAUAAGUAAUGAAGCUCGUCGUUUUCACGUAUAUGUCGGAAACAGAGUACAGCACAUCCGUGAUCGUAGCGACCCGGAACAGUGGCCUCACGUGCCAGGAAAGGUUAACCCUGCGGACGAAGCGUCUCGUUCACUCACUGCCAGUCAGUUACUUAACAACAAGAGAUGGCUCUCAGGGCCAGACUUUCUCUGGGAAAGCGAUGUACCACUUCUUAACAAGAAAAACACAGCUCAGCUCUCUUCUGAUGAUGUUGAAGUGAAGACAAACACCUGCUUCUUGACGCACUCUACCGCUCGAGAAUAUCCUGGUUUACUUCUUUCAUAUCUGAAUCGCGUUUCUUCCUGGCACAAAGCAAAAACGACAGUCGCCUGGAUGAGAAGAGGAAUAAAGAAUCUCCAGUCUGUAAUAGCAGCACGUAAAGAAGAGAUUCAUCCUGCAAAGGACUUAGGAAGAUCACGCAAUGAACAGGGAAAACAGUUCUUACCUCUCUCAGUUGAAGAAUUGGUCCACUCCGAGAAGUUUAUUUUGCGUUGCCUCCAAUGCCAGCAUUUUAGCCAUGAGAUGGAAAUUCCACGAACGAGACUCUGCGCGCCGCAGAAACGACACUUUGAAGAAGACGAGCUCUCUCUAUAA